CAAUAUUCCCAACCGCUCCACGUUCGUGUGCCCUUACUGCGGGGCUCGGAACUUGGACCAGCAGGAGCUGGUGAAGCACUGCAUGGAGAACCACCGCAACGACCCCAACAAAGUGGUGUGCCCAGUCUGCUCGGCCAUGCCCUGGGGGGACCCCAGCUACAAGAGCGCCAACUUCCUCCAGCGCCUCCUCCACAGGCACAAGUUCUCCUACGACACCUUCGUGGACUAUAACAUCGACGAGGAGGCAGCGUUGCAGGCUGCCCUGGCCCUGUCGCUCUCCGAGAACUGA